AUGAGCAAAACUGUAUCUACUUCGAGGUUUAGAACCGCCAAAUGGCUGCAAAAGUCUGGAUUUGCUCCGCAAGUGUUCCUAUUCCGUAACCUGGAAUCAGGUCAGGUAGUGUAUUCGCAGUUACCGCACUUCUCACAGAGGCAAAUUGAUGUGAAUUUCUACAGACCAAACUGGGAGAACAAGAAACCCUCGACCAGGCCUGAUAUCUGGCGUUGCAUGGCUGUUGUAGACCUGAAAACCUACGAAGACAGCGUAAAACUAUAUCAAAAUCUCUGCAGACUUAGGUAUUUGCGGGAAGUUCCCAAGAGAUCCGAGGCGGAGGCGAUGAGAAAGAGGAACGAGUGGGGUCAUAUCUGGUAUUCUGCGCAAUUUAGACCCACUUAUACGCAAGAAGCUGUUGCCGAUCUAAUAGAGGCGCUUUCCAAAGUUGCAGAUUUUGCGACUACUGUCCAUUGGGAAGAUCCUUGGCGUAUGGGAGACUACGAGAAGUACUGGAAACCUGUUUUGCCCGGUCUCAAGCAUGAAUUUAUGACCCGUAAGGGAAAUUUUGCUAGAGAAGAAAGUGCCAUCCUAAAACAACUUGGUGAACGCGCUAAGCUUGCUUUCCAGGCCCAGGAAAAUACCCAGGAAAAUACCCAGGAAAACGCCCAGGAAAAGCCUCAGGAAACUCUCUCAGACACUAAAUAG